GUAUGUUAUUAGUCUGUGGUUUGGAUCAGCACAGGGUGCAGGAUAACCUCUCACUUUGUUUCUCAUUUUUCCAUAUUAUUAAUUUAAUUUUUAUAUCAUAGGUAGAUAUUACAAUGAACAGAACUGAUUGAAAUCAAAAAUCUAUAUAGAUAGCUAUGUCUGCAGCAAAGCGAGUCCAGCAAUGGGCCACUUUUGCACGCACCUGGCACAUAUUCGACUGUAAAUGGCAGGACCCAUAUCAAUCUGCAACUGUUAUAAAAAAGUAUUUAAUGGGUAUGCAUAAGCCCAUCUACCACCCAAUGAACGAUUGUGGCGAUGUGGUGGUAUGCAUAAAUAGUAGAGAUAUAGCCCUACGUGGUGACGAAUGGCGCCAAAACGCGUACUUCCAUCAUACUGGCUAUCCUGGAGGUGCUACGUGGACUUUAGCUUGGGAAGUUCACAAUAAAGAUCCCACUAUGAUAAUUCAGAAAGCAGUGUACAGAGCAAUGAAAGGCAAUCUACAGAGACGUCACACUAUGCAGAGACUACUCAUUUAUCCGGGUGAAGAAGUCCCUGAAGACAUAAUGCAGAAUGUUUCAAGCCAAAUACGUCAACUGCGUCAAGUUCCUACUAGGCUUGAUCAUAUUCCAGAAGAGGAAGUCAAAAAGUACCCCAAAGUUAUGGAAUAUCCAGAAGAUUAUGUGCUUAAAUAAGCUUCUGUUAUUUUCUUUACAGUUAGAUUAUUUACUAUAGUUAAAUGAAUAAAUUUUUAUCAGGAAUAAAUUAGCUUUAAAUCU